AUGCGCUACUCUCUUAUAUUCUUCUUGGUUCCACUCGCUGUUUCCGCGCAGAGGUCCAACACGCCUGUGCCUGUUGCGCCUCAAAAUGGCGAUUUAUGUUGCAGCGAUCACGGCGUUGCAGACUCUACUGGAACCUGUGCUGCUGCAGGCUUAAACUCGUAUUGUUGCUCUGAUUUUCAGAACUGGACUGGAAACGGGUGUGACGGUACUGGCAUCAACGGAUUUCCGACUGGACGCACGGUCACGGCGCAUCCACCUGGACCUAACGAUGGCUCUGCUUGUGGUACUCUGGGUUUCAUAGGAUGCGCG